CUGCUGUUGGUAUCCUGAUCUACAGAGGCUGUAAUCUGAAUCCUGCUGAUCCACAUGUAGCAGAGCAUCUUCAGCAUGAAUACAAAACCAUCACAGCUGAGUCUGGAGAGGACGUCACUCUGACAUGUCGAGCUCCAAACAAGAAGAUCAUAGUUAUAGUUUGGAGCAGAGAAGACCUGAAAGAUGAAUAUGUGCUUUUUUACGAAAACGGACAGUUUGUUCCAGAGUACCAGCAUCCAUCUUUUAAGAACCGGGUGGAUCUGCAGGACAGGCAGAUGAAGGAUGGAGACGUCUCUUUGAUUCUGAAGGAUGUGAACACUGCUGAUAGUGGAACAUACGAGUGUCGUCUUGUUAGUGGAACAAAGCGCAGGAGGAGAGGCAUCAGCACGGAACCAAUCAGCAUCAUCUACCUUUGUGUUAUUCCUCCAGGUGAGUGAGUAGAGUUGAGUGUGUGUGUGAUCAGAGGUGAAGCUGC